UUGGAGCUCGAGAAGGAACAACUGGAUCAAUGGGGCAACUCCGGCUGAAUCAUUCUCUUUUUUUUGCUUAUGAUUUAUGUGUUCCGUUCAUUUGGGUAUUUUUUAGAUUUUUAGCUUGGGUUAAGAUGCUUUGCAGUGCUUAUCUUUUAAUUAAUUCUGAAAAUGUUUUGGUAAUUGUCACUAAGUUUUGACUUCGCACGGGGAAGAGCUGUGGCUAUAAAAGUGGCAACUGCCAACGAAAACAGCAUCAUUUGAAUUUUAAGCAACAAUUGGGGAUCUUCAAGAACCAAAUAAAAUCUUUAAAAGCGAACUGCAACAAAAUGGCUAGUUUAAUUGUACUUCUGAGUUCCCUGUGUGUACUGGCGCAAGGAUCGCAUCUGUCGCAUGUCGGUCACGGAUCCUAUCCCGAUGUUCAUGGACUUGGAACUGUUUCGGUGGGACGUGAAUAUCUUCCGGUGGAACACGGAUCUAUCCCAGUUGAACAUGGAUCUUCCCAUCACUAUGGUGUUGCAACUCCACAUGGACACCAUCUGCCUCUUGCAGGCCAGGAAUAUUCCCAGCAACACGGUCAUUUAGCUGCACAUGGCACAGUACCGGCUUCUAUUGGCGCUUCUCAUCAUGUGCUGGGAUCAGAAUCAUAUCAUCAGGUGGCUUCUCAUCAUCAUCAACAUCAUGGGGGACUGGCUUCAAUUGUGGCUGGAACUGGACAUGGCCAUGUGCAUCGUAAUCGUAAUUGCCAUGCCAUCCACUGCCCCAAUUCGAUCAGUCACACCUAUGCCUCCGAUGGACAUUACUGCUACAAACUGAACAACUCCUGCGACCUCUCCAUUGCCAACUGCAAGCGUCGCAACGAACUGAAAUCACUCCUUAGGCCCAUUACUCAUGGUGAAUGUCAUCAUCUGCCAAGAAGUCAAAUCCCAUACUAAGCCACUCCUUUGCCCGAUGAACAAUCCUCUGACCAAACUAGUUUUUUGAGGAAGCUGCUUGAUAUUUUCUGUUACUCUAUUUGUUAAAAAUAAAUGCAAUUUUUAAAGAA